GGUACGAGGGCUAUGGCUACGGCUACGGCUUCGGCCCCGAGCCCUCCGGGGGCUUCGGCUUCGCAGGAGCCGCCGGCAAUUCCUGGGAUUUGGGCAAUUCCCAACCCGACGGCAACGCCGAGGGCGGCGACGGCCCCGGGAAAGCGCGGCAGGAACCGGGGAGCGCCGGGAUGCACCCCGAGAGCGAGGGGCUGCCGGGACGGGGAUAUGGGGAAGAGCGAGGGGCUGCCGGGACGGGGAUAUGGGGCCGCCCCAGAAAGGUACGAUCCCUACGAAUCCUACGGCGACUCCGCGUGAGCGAGCACCGGGAUCUGUACCGGGCCUCCUUCGACUACCCCGGCGAUUACCACAGCGAUUACCCCGGGGAUUACCACAACGAUUACCACAACGAUUACCCUAAUGAUUACCCUAAUGAUUACCCUAACGAUUACCCCGAUUAUCGCAAUGAUUAUCCCAACGAUUAUCCAAACGAUUAUCCCGGCGAUUUCCCCGCCGAACCCGAGCCGGACUCCGCCGAUUUCUACGGCCGCCCCCGGGAUCCUCCUCAAUUCCAGGGCAAAUUCCGGGACGCUUUCGGCUCCCGGGGGGUUUGGGGGUGCCGGGAACGGGGCGGAUUCUCGGGGUUCCUCCCCCGGGGGGGCUGGGCCGAGCCCCGGGGCCCCGCCCGCCGCCCGCUGCCCUCGCUGUUCCCGCCCCCGCCGGGCACCGGGGGCACCGCCCGCGGCACCAAGAGGCUCCGCAGGGCCUGGAGGCUCUGGGACGGCGACUGCCGGCCCCAACGGAAGCGUCCCCGCCGGGACCCCGCGGGGCGGCGCCGGCAGCCGGGCGGGCGGACAGACGGGCGGACAGACGGGCGGACGGACGGAUCCGACAACUCCAGCUCCGACAACGAGGAAGGCACGGAAGGAGAAUCUGGAGAAAAGGAAGAAUCCCGAGGGGAAGGGGAGGAUGAAGAGGGAAGAGAUUCUGAGAAAGGUGAGUUGGGAAUUCCAGGGGAGAUUUCCCAGCUGAGGCCGAGGCUCCCGGCCGGAGGAAAUCCCAGGAGCGGCAGGAAGAAGCGGCACCGGGACAGGAUGGUCGAGAGGAUCCAGUUCGUUUGCUCUCUCUGCAAGUUCCGGACGUUCUUUGAGGACGAGAUCCGGCAGCACCUGGAGAGCAAAUUCCACCGGGAGCAUUUCCAGUUCGUGGGGAGCCGGCUGCCGGGCCAGACGGCGCAGUUCCUGCAGGAGUACGUGGCCAACAAGACGCGGAAGACGGAGGAGCGGCGCCGCGGGAUCCGGGACAUCAACGCCGUGAUCCAACAGAUCCACAGGGAGCAGGACCUCACCCAGGACCUGGGCCUGGAGCACUUUGUGCGCAAGGUGGAGGCCGCUCACUGCUCUGCCUGCGACCUCCUGAUCCCCAUGCACUGGGGAUCCAUCCAGAGGCACCUGAGGUCCCCCGAGCACGGCCACAACCGCAGGGCCAUGCUGGAGCAAUCCAAGCGAGCGUCGCUGGCGGUGGCGCGGAGCAUCCUCAACAACAAACUCAUCAGCAGCAAACUGCAGAGCUUCCUCAAGGGGGAAAAUCCCUUCACGGACGAUCCCGAGGAAAAGGAGGAGCACGAGGAAGGAGCAGCAGAGGAAAAUCCUGAAGAAAAUCCCCAAAAUCCUGAGGAAAAUCCCCAAAAUCCUGAAAAUCCCACAGAAAAACAUCCAAAUCCUGAAAAUUCCACAAAAAAUCCCCAAAAUCCUGAAGAAAAUCCUGAAAAUUCCACAGAAAAUCCUGAAAAUUCCACGAAAAACCCAAAAAAUCCUGAGGAAAAUCCGGAAAACUCCACAGAAAAUCCCCAAAAUCCUGAGGAAAAUUCCACGGAAAAUCCGGAAAAUUCCACAGAAAAUCCUGAAAAUUCCACAGAAAAUCCGGAGAAUUCGACGGAAACCCCCCAAAAUCCCGAAGAAAAUCUGGAAAAUUCUAUGGAAAAUGUUGAAAAUUCUACGGAAAAUCCCCCAAAUUUUGAGGAUUCUGCGGAAAAUCGGGAAAAUUUGAAAGAAAAUCUGGAAAAUUCUGGGAAAAUUCUGGGAAAUCCUGAGGAAAAUCCUGAGGAAAACGAAAAUUCCGAGGAAAUUUCAGCAGCCAAAAAGCAGCAAAAGGGACCAGGGAUGAACCCAGAGGGGGGAAAAUCCCAAAAUUCCCAAAUUUCCCAAAAUUCCCAAAUUUCCCCAAGUUCUGGAAGCUUCCAGGAGUGAAUCCUGCAGGGAAAAGGACCCGGAACGGCCCCAAAUCCUGGAAAUUCUGGGGAUUCCUGGGAAAAAAAUGGGAAUUUUCUGGGGUUUUUGGGAAUUCUUUUGGAUUUUUUGGGAAUUCUUGGGGAAAAAAAGGGAAUUUUGUUGGGUUUUUUGGGAAUUCUUGGGAAAAAAUGGGGAUUUUGUGGGAUUUUCUGGGAAAAAAUGGGAAUUUCCUUGGAUUUUUUGGAGAAUUUCUGGGGGAAAAAAAGAAUUUUCUGGGAUUUUUUUGGGAAUUCUUGGGAAAAAUGGGAAUUUUGUUGGGUUUUUGGGGAAUUCUUGGGAAAAAAUGGGAAUUUUGUUGGGUUUUUUGGGAAUUCUUGGGGAAAAAAAAGGGAAUUUCGUUGGGGUUUUGGGAAUUCCUUUGGAUUUUCUGGGAAUUCUUGGGAAAAAAAAUGGGAAUUUUGUCUGGGAUUUGAGGGAAUUUCUGAGUGGAAUUUUGGGAAAUUUCACCUGAAUUUUUUGGGGAAUUUCUGGCUGGAAUUUUGGGAAUUUCCAGUUGGAAUUUUGGGCAUUUCUGGGUGGAUUUUUGGAAUUUCCCAGUUGGGAUUUGUGGGAAUUUCCUGUUGGGUUUUGGGGAAUUUCUGGGUGGAUUUUUUGGGAAUUUUCAGUUGGGAUUUUGGGAAUUUUCACCUGGAUUUUAUGGGAGUUCCCAGCUGAAUUUUUGGGAAUUUCCAGUUGGGAUUUGGGGAUGAAUUUCUGGGUGGAUUUUGGGGAAUUUCCAUUUGGAUUUGUGGGAAUUUCCACCUGAAUUUUUGGGAAUUUCCAGUUGGAUUUGGGGAUGAAUUUCUGGGUGGAUUUUGGGGAAUUUCCAGUUGGGAUUUGUGGGAAUUUCCGGGUGAAUUUUUGGGAAUUUCAAGCUGUGAUUGGGGACAAUUCCCAGCUGGAAUUUUGGGAUUUUUCCCUCAGAUUUGGGCAUUUUUCCAGGUGUUCCAGGGCUGGAAUUCCUCCCCCAGGAUUUCCCGUGGCUGUGGUUCCCUUUUCCCGCUGUUUCCCUGCUGUUUUCCUGUCGUUUUUUCCCAUUUUUCCCCAUUUUCCCCAUUUUUCCCUCUGUUUUUCCCUGCCCUGAGCGUUCGGUGCCGUUGUGUCCGUUGUGAUUGGGAGGAAAUUCCCGAAUUUCUGUGGAUUUUAAAGGACUCCAGCUCAGCUCA